AUGGCGGAGGUCUGGUUCCUACACAACUUUGAAGAAGAUCUCUUAAACGAUGUUUGCAGGGAAGUAGUCGAGAAGUGGUCUGAAUCUCAGAUUGUUGACGCCAAAGAGAAAAAAGAAGAUGAGAUCCAGGCCAUCGCCAGCAUGAUGGAGAAGCAGGCCAGGAUUGUGGUGAAGCCAAAGGAGGUCUCCCAAGAGGAGAAGCAAAGGAAAGCCGCCCUCCUGGCCCAGUACGCCAACGUGACGGAUGAGGAGGAUGGCGAGGAUGAACAGGAUGGAUCAAUUGCGACAGCAGUAAAUAUCGGAUCGGAAAAAUCACUCUUCCGAAACACAAAUGUGGAGGACGUCCUGAAUGCCAGGAAACUGGAACGGGAGCUGCUGCGAGAUGAGUUCCAGAAGAAAAAAGAGCAAGAUAAGCUCCAGCGAGAGAAGGAUAAGCUAGCCAAGCAGGAGCGGAAGGAAAAGGAGAAGAAAAGGACACAAAAAGGCGAGCGGAAGCGAUAGCUGGGGUUUUGCAGUUGGACUCUCAAGGGAUAAAAUGAAUUAAGAAUAUGGUGUGUG